AUGAGCUAUUCGAUGGAGGAGAAUAAUCGGUCUGUGACCGCUUGCCAGCGAUGCCGGGACCAAAAGCUAAAAUGCAGUCGCGAACGGCCGAUAUGUGUGCGAUGCAGACGGUUGGGCGCCUGCUGCAUCUAUCCGGCUCUGGCAGGCCGCAGACGUACCAAUCCGGCUCGCCGAUCGUCAAGGCCACAGACCUCCUUGCACAGCAGAACAAGGCGUACUCUUCACAGAAAUAGCCCUGGCUCUCUGGAUCGGGACGCUGAAGCCAACCGGUCUCUGGUGGAAGAACUACAGCCUCGCCAACCACAAGAUGCAACAGGGGACCAGGGCCACCUUUUCUCUGCCACCAAUUCCCAAGAUGAAGUUCCUUAUCUGGACAAGCUCCCCAACAGCUUCAAUUUCGAGUCAUACUCGACACACCUCCGGAACACCGACCCAUCUUUUUCGAGUGCAAGCCCGGAUCGAGGCAGCGUACCAAAUGCCUGUUCGCCGCUCCCUUCACGGGCUAUGGGGCUUUCUUUGCUCGAAAUCUACUUCGCCAGAAUCUACAACGCUUCACUUCUCUUUUGCAAGCCGAUGCUCUUCCAAGAAUACAUUGAAGGGAAAUUGCCAGACUACCUGCUGAAGGGGAUAUUUGCGCUGGCUUCGCUAUUCCUAGCCCCCCAAAAUGCCGGCGAUGCUCGAGGUGACAUGACCAAGUUUUCCGAGCUCAGAGCCCUGAGUGUUUUCCACGUGUGCAGCAUGCCAUGGGCAGAAGACUCCAUGAGGGAUGUUAUGGGACUGAUCAUGUAUGAACCGACAUUGCACAUGGUUCAAGCGCUUGAAUGUCUCACUCUGUACUGGUUCGGGCGUGGAGACGCGUGGAAGGGGGAUAUGUGUCACGCCCUGGCGUAUCGCAGCUGCCGCGCUUUGGCAUACGGCCAGAGAAAUAAGGAUCGCAGCGCCAACUCUUCGCCUCCGCUACAUGCAGAGCUGGAACGACGGUGCUUCUGGUCAUGCUGGGCCUCCAUGUGCAUUAUUGCACAGCCAGAGCCGUAUCUCAGAUCGGCCUGGCUGGAGACGAAAGGAAUCCCACUGCCAGGACGGAUUGACAACACGUCAGUCGGUUGGAGAGUUGUUCUCGGCGUAGUCAUGACCACGGAGUGGAGGCCCUCUGUGUCGGGCCAGAGCCAAGACGCCACAAGGUGCCUACCAUUCUCUGCGUCCUUGGUGAAGGUGGUGGGAGUGUGGGCAAAGAUCCAGCAAUUCGUUGUCGAAUCCAAAAGUCUGACAGUCGCAACGAAGUUCGGGAGAUUGUCCGAUCUGUCGUCACUUGCCUCGGCUAUCUACCAGGAGUUGCCUCGUCAGGAUCACCCAACGUCGGCAAACACCACCUUCACAGACACCCACCUUUUCCACAUGUUGGACGCACUGUGCUACAUGUGCCAAAUGGCUUUGCACUCCACUGUUGUCCCUCUGUUUUCUGGCUCAUCGCUCGAUCUAGGGGCAAGGCCUGAGGAAGUGCGAAACAGUGCAAAGAAGGUUCUCACCUUCGCACAACGAUUCGCGAGAUUGCUCGACUCCUAUCUCCAAGCUCCACUUGAUGUUUCCUACAUCAGCCCUCUCGUUGGCUAUGUGGAGAUUCAUUCCGGUGCUCUGCAACUUCAGGGGGGGCUGGUCUAUCGACUGUGCGAGCCAUUCUUGACCUUUUGGGCGCGCUCUCUGUGUAUUGGAGAGUUUUGCAAAGUCCUAGGGAAAGGCUUCGUGCAGCUCUGGCACAAAUCCCAACUGAAGCCGCAUGCCAAAGCCCGCCGAUGGCUGGGGCAACAAACAUACCAGAAAAUAUUGUCACGGAUCAUGUCAGGAAUCAAGCCCUGGUCGGAUCCGAUCUUUCCGUACUUCACCAAGGUGGAAUGCCGCUGCAGCCUUUGGCAACGAUUGAUAGGGCCGGAGUCGGGGGCCAAGAAGGCCUUGCAGGCUUUACUCCGAUCUCAACCGAUCUCAGGGGGCAGGAUAUCGAUCAACCCAGAGAUUCAAUGGAGGAUCUGAAUCUGGACCAACAGGGACUGGAGUGGUGGAACUUGACUUUCGCAGAGGCUGGAUUUGCGCAUUUCGAAGGGCUGGAGCCCUUGAGUGGUUUUUGGGGGGGUGAAGGCACAGUUCCAUAG